UGUCACGUGACCUGGAGAGCGCUGAUCAUGUGACAGAGCUGACGGUUUUCCACACACUUUUUAACCGGCUGACCUGAUCCCGUCGGCCAGCUGGAGUUUGUCUCGUCGCUUCAGGAACAGCAGAGAAGAUGAGGCUGCUGGAGGACUCUCUGGGUCUCCUCCUGCUCUGGACGUGUCUGCAGUCCGCGGCGUCGAAGCCCUGCUCGUCGUUCUUCUGCCGGAAGGCUCCGCUGGUCAGCGGCCUGCAGGGAGUCGACCCCGGGUCCCCGCUGUUCCUCACGCCCUACCUGGAGAAAGGAGCCAUAGAUGAAGCCAGGAAGCUGAGUCUGGUGGGAAAGCUGCCAGGAGCCGACGUGAAGAGCCAUGCUGGAUACCUCACAGUCAACAAGAAGUACAACAGUAACCUCUUCUUCUGGUUCUUCCCCGCACUCACGGGGGAGGCGAAAGCUCCGGUCCUGCUCUGGCUGCAGGGUGGACCCGGUGGGACGUCUUUGUUCGGUCUCUUCGUGGAACAUGGACCUUAUGUGGUCUACAAGAACCUGACAGUUGGAUUGAGGGAUUAUGCCUGGACCAGCAGAUAUUCAGUUCUGUACAUUGAUAAUCCAGUUGGAACUGGCUUCAGCUUCACGGACGAUGACAAAGGGUUUGCUCAGAACCAGGAUGAUGUUGGCAGAGAUCUGUACAGUGCUUUGACACAGUUCUUCCAGAUCUUUCCUGAGUAUCAAUCCAAUGAUUUCUAUGCAACUGGAGAGUCAUACGCUGGGAAGUACGUUCCGGCUAUUUCUUAUUACAUCCAUAAAAACAACCCCAUAGCCAAGGUGAAGAUCAACUUUAAGGGCAUGGCGAUUGGCGACGGACUCUGUGAUCCAGAAGAGAUGCUGGGCGGCUAUGGCGAGUUCCUGUAUCAAACAGGAAUGAUCGACGAUUUCCAGAAACAAUACGUCAACAAGCAGACGGACCUCGGCGUUCAGCUCAUCCGGCAGCAGAAGUGGCUGGAGGCCUUUAAGGUGUUUGACAGUCUGCUGAAUGGUGAUGUGGAUCCGUAUCCGUCCUUCUUCCAGAACGCUACAGGCUGCACCAAUUACUACAACUACCUGAUGUGUCAGGAGCCUGAAGACCAGGAGUACUUCUCCCAGUUUGUCACGCUGCCGUGGGUGCGCCGGGCCAUCCACGUGGGAAACCUGACCUUCCACGACGGCUCCGAGGUGGAGAAGCACCUGACGGAGGACGUGAUGAAGAGCAUCAAGCCGUGGCUGGCCGUGCUGAUGGACAACUACAGGGUGUUGAUGUACAGCGGCCAGCUGGACGUGAUCGUCGCCGCGCCGCUGACGGAGAGGUUCCUGCUGACGGUCAACUGGACCGGGGCGGCCGAGUACAAAACGGCGCCCCGCUUCCACUGGAAGAUCCAGCCGGGAGACACGGAGGUGGCAGGAUACGUCAGACAAGUCAAGGAGUUCUACCAGGUCAUCAUACGAGGGGGCGGCCACAUCCUGCCUUACGACCAACCGGCCAGGUCCUUCGACAUGAUCGACAGAUUUUUGUCCACGCGGAGCUGGGUGUGAAACGCUGAUCAAACAUGUUGAUCCAUGAACUGAAAAUCAGCGUGGUUUUAUUUUUGUACACAUUUUGAGGCUGAUUUUUUUUUUUUUUUUUUUUUUUUUUUCCCCUCCUGAUCGGGACAGAUGAUUUCCAAAUGCACCGCGAAUGAAGACUUCAAUCUACAUUCUUUUUGGAGUAAAUCCAGAUCAAACAAGCAUACAUCGUUUGGAAUCACGCCAUUAUCAUUAACUAAACAGUCUGAUUAUAAGGUCAAUGGUACAUUUUACUGAAAUGCUUUUUUUCCUCUCUCUCUUGGGAUCUUGGGGUGUGUGUUUUGUACGUGCAUGAGGAAGAGAUGCAGACACAACCCUGUGGGUACAUGACUGUUGUGAUUUUAAAUUCAGUUUGGAUGGGGUAGUAUGGCUCUCAUCUCAAAUGGGCAAAUAAAAACAUGAAUAAAAUUAAAAAUAAUCUGUCAUGAAUACUGAAAACUAAAUCAGGUUGUCAUGCAUCUCCAACCAAGAUGGUUUCAUUGGUCAUUUGAGUUUGUUAAGAAGUUGUGAUCAGCCUCAGUCUAGAGAGGUUUCUUCUGUUGAGUCUUGGCUGGUGUCCUCUGAGGUGAAGGAGUCCUGCCGCUUCACUUUUAAUUCUCAGAGAUCUGCGUGAAUUUCUCUGUCGAUAACCUUUCUCCUCAUGCGAUGGGAAGACUCGGUCUUUACCGCAAUGGUUUGCAGAUGUCUGUGCUGGCAUCGGCCCUGCGGUUGCCGUGUUUAGUGCUUCAUGUUUUUGGAGCUCACCUUGUUGCCAUAUUGUUUGUGGAUUUCACUCCGAGUUGGACAGUUUCAGGGAAGUGAUGCACUCAUUAGUUUGUUUUUCUUUAAUGACACAAUGGGGGCGUCUCGGUGACAUAGUGGUUUAGUGCUGCUGCCUCGUCUGA